AUGGGCUUGCAGAAGUGGUCAAGGCGGCUUUGUCGAUCUGGCGACCGAGGGCAUGCGAUCAUACGAUCGUGCACCCCUCAUCCCAGCGUUGCUCACGCCGCCUCUGUGACUACGAACCCUUCGACAAUCAUUCCGCCAAGCCGCCACGUCAUCACCCCACCGCCCCGCCCCAUCGACACUGCGCCGUCGUCUGCAUCAUCGCGGAGCCAGCCGCUAUCACGCUCUUUCGCCCAAGUUGUCGCCGGGAUCCCUCCCGUGUCCGCGAUGAUCGGGCCGCAGUGGCCGCCGGUGCCGCCGGGCACGGCGGUGCAAGCGCCAGGGUCAUCAGUGAUGGGGCCGUCGCGGCCAGUUGCUGCGUCGGGAGCCAGCAAUGCCCCAUACCUAGGACCACCGGGGUUUCACGGGUGGCCGGUGGGCUCGCUCAUGCCGCCAGCAGCCCCGCCGAUGCAGCCCCAACCAGGGUUCCGCUCGCCGACGCGGAUGCCGGUCCCUCAGGUCCAGUACGUGCAUAUGCAACCUCAGUAUCAGCACUACUAG